GUUCCAGGAUGAGCGGUAAGGUGGCGCUGUGGCUGCUGCUCACCGCCGCGCUGUGCGUCGUCUCCGCCGGCCGCAAGAUCCGGCCGCAAGGCUCCAUUCCGUCUCCCUACAAAAACAGCUCCAACACCUCAGACCGGCUCACUCGCAAACAGGAAGUGCUGGCCUCCAGCCAGGAAGCGCUGGUGGUGAUGGAGCGCAAGUACUUAAAGAGCGACUGGUGCAAGACGCAGCCGCUGCGGCAGACGAUCAGUCAGGAGGGCUGCAGGAGCCGGACGGUCAUCGAACGCUUCUGCUACGGCCAGUGCAACUCCUUCUACAUCCCUCUAUACGUCAAGAAGGAGCAGGAGUCGUUCCAGUCGUGCGCCUUCUGCCGGCCGCACCGCUUCACCAGCCUCACCGUGGAGCUCGACUGCCCCGACCUGCAGCCACCCGUCAGAUACCGCAAGAUCCAGCGCGUCAAGCAGUGCCGCUGCAUGUCCGUCAGCGUGUCCGAGUCUAAAAAAAAGUGAGAGGACAAAUGUGACCCUGGUUAAACGAAGGCUUUACCCUAGACACCUGCUGUGAAACCUUCAGCACAGUCUUCAGACAGACAGAGGAUUUGAGAGAGUUUGUUUCCACCAUUAAAAAAAAAAAAAAAAUGUAAUUGCGCCUUUUUCUCUCACAGUUCUUCUGAAUAUACUGGGAUGGCUUGAGGGUGAGAAAAUCAUGGGAUAAUUUUCAUUUUUGGAUGAACUAUCCCUUUAUUUAAGAGUACUGGAGAGGUAUCCUAACUUAUAGUUAGGAGUAACAAGAUGGCAGCAGAGCUGAGGAGACACAUGCUUUCAAAUGAAGAUAUGAUGUAUUGGAGCUGAAUGAUGACACGGAGUUGAUAAAACGAUAUAAACUUGAUUGUCAAGGAAUUCUUUUUGUA